GCAAAAUUAUACAACUGCUGUCAAACAUCAAACAUUUAAUACUAAAAAUAUGUAAACACAUUCAGACAAAUUUAUUAUUAAAUAAAGAAAAAUUUAAGCAAAUGGCUCGCAAUAAUGCGCCUAUUACAAAAGAGGUUGAAUUUAACGAGUUUUAUACCGAGGUGAAAGAAAUAGAGAAAAGAGAUUCUGUAUUGACUCCCAAACAACAAAUUGAACGAUUACUCAGACCAGGCUCCACAUACUUUAAUUUAAAUCCCUUCGAAGUGUUGAAUGUUGAUCCAGAUACGCCGCUGGAGGAUAUUAAAAAGAGCUACAGAAGACUCUCGAUUUUGGUGCAUCCUGACAAGAAUCAAGACGAUGCUGAACGUUCACAACAGGCAUUUGAAGUAGUGAGUCGGGCGUGGAAAACUUUAGAGAGCGAAGACUCCAGACAGAAGUGCAUGGACAUAAUUGAAGAAGCCAAAGGCCGUACAGAUUUAAUGCUUGUAGAGAAACGAAAGAAAGCUAGAAAGGAAGGCAAGGACAGCGUACCCGAAGAUGAUCCCGAGAAAUAUAAACAUGCUGUUUAUGUUCUCACCAUGAAACUUUUUGCAGAUAUGGAACGCAAACGACGCGACCUAGCUGCUAAAGAUCAAGAGGAGAGGAAACGUAAACGUGAACAAGAAAUCGAGGAUGAAGAGAACCAAAAAGCGCAAAAGGAAUGGCAGAAAAACUUCGAAGAGUCACGCCAAAAUCGUGUUGAUAGCUGGUUAACCUUUCAAGCUGGAGGUUCAUCAAAAUCAAAAGGGAAAGCACCAAAAAAAUUGAAAUCUUUUAAGCCUCCAAAACCGAAACCGGAAAGUAGAUGAAUUAGUCCAUUAAGUAGAUUUAAAGUCACAAUAUUGUAAUUAUUUUUCAUUUUCUUGCUUUGUUUUUUUUUGUUUUGUAAACAAUUCGAGAAAAGUAAGUUAAGUGGUAUUUAAUUUAUAAAUGUUAUAUUUGCUGUGAACAACCCCAAAAAUUUUCCAGUGCGGUUUGCAAUUUAAAAAUUGUAUUUUUACAUCUGUUUUAUGUACCUCAUUUUCAUCUACAUUUAAUGAACGACUUUUAUACAUUCUUCGCUAAGUUGAAAAUCAAUUAUAUGAGAAAAAGUU